AGCUUAAGAGCGGGUGGGGGCUGCUUCGGAGGCAACUGCGUGAUAAACAUGACAUAGCCUAUACACGUGCAUAGUUUCUAUAACUAUCGGAGUCAUUGAUAAAUUCAUGUGCUGUUCGUUUAAAUAUAUAAUUAUUUGAGUCAGGUUAUUAAGUACAGUGAUUAAUUACUUAUAAUAAUGGAAGUAGUAAACGAAAAUGUUGCAUAUCUGAGUAAUUUUGAAGUACUGGAGGUACUGAGAGGAAUAAAAGCCAAUAAAGAACAAAAAUCUAGAAGUCAAUUAGCAACAAUAACUUAUGAAACAGUUCGAUGCUUAGAAGAAAGUACCUGCAAAACUCAAACCCCUGAAAAAAUUCAAGAAUUUAUGAAGGCUCUUAAAUCAUUUAAAUUGACUAAAUGUGAAAAGUUGGCUUUAUUAAAUUUAUGUCCAAAGACACCAUUAGAAAUGCAAUUGAUUAUCGAAGAUAGUGAAGAACGUUUGAAUGAGAGUGAAGUUGAAAAUCUGUUGCAAUUAGUUGCAACACACUUGGGAGAGCCUGAAAAUCAGGAUGAGGGCAUGGAGGAAGCAAGUUGAUUGUUUUUUUAUGUACAUUUUUUUCUUUUAUUGUUAAUAUCUGAGGUGUCGUGAUAAAUAUUGUGCGAUUAUAUGACAAGAAUUCUAUUGACUGAUCAUCUCUUCUGGUCUCCCAAGUCAUCAAUUGAGUCUUCAUCAAUCUGUAAUUAAAAAUAUUUAUUAUAUAAACAAAAUAAAUUUUAAUUAAUUUAAAAAAAAAUAAAAAUUACUUGUGGCCAUUUUUCCGGAAUAACAUCAAACAAAUCGUCUUUUACAUCUCCUUGAAUGACUAUUUCAUCAUCUCCAGUUACACUUGAACCGCAAGCAAAUUUGCUUCCAAAAAAUUUAGCCGCAACCUUUAGAUCAAUAUC